AUGACAGCUGGAACCGUAACGACUGGAAUUGGUUAUGCCCAAUUGGAAGAGUUGUUGGCAGCUGCGAAUAUACCGUGUAUGUCCGAGAGAUCAUAUAUAAAAUAUCGAGAAUCAUUAAUCAAUGAUUUUGAAAAAACUGCCCUUAAAAAUAUGAAAAUGGCAGGUGAUGUUGAAAAGCAAAUCGCUUUGGCAAGAAACGAAACUAUCAAUGGUGUUCCAUAUAUUACCGUUGUAGCGGAUGGUAGUUGGGCGAAGAGAUCGUAUGGCACAACCUACGAUUCACUUUCCGGUGUUGGAGCUAUCAUUGGUUACCGCACAAAGAAAGUUCUCUUCGUCGGCAUUCGCAACAAAUUUUGUACGAUCAGUUGUGACGAAAAUUCUGACGAGGAUCUCUGCGACUUUCAAGUCGUAGAGUUCAUUACUCGAAGACGUCCAGGUACCAGAAAAAUAGAUCUUGUUCCAACAAAGUGGAUUGAAUACGACAUAAAGAAAGGGAAGUUUAUGACAAAAUUUAUGCCACCUCCAUAUGAGAAAGAAGAUUUUAAACUUAUCACAGAUUUGGCAAAAAAUUUGGCAGAUGCGCCAGAUGAUUGGGUGACAUAUGGCAUCAAAGUCAGAGCACGAGCCAUAAGAUGA